UAUUACAAAAUUGCUGCCUCACAUAAUGAAUUACUUUCGCAGCAUCCAAUAUAACCUACUAUUUAUGAAGAGCCAAAAAACAGUCCAACAAAUACAAAUCCAUUAUAAAAUUUUUGUUAAUUGCGUUAAAAUAUGAAACAAAACACUUGUGUAAAGCAAACAAACUGAAUCCGAAUAUUCUAAAGGUGCAUGUUCCUAUGAUGAAAACAGAAUUUCAGUUACUGAUUCGGUCGGGGCACUACAGGAACUGUAAAUUGUAGAAUUAUAAAAUGAGAAGGCGAAGGUUUAUUCCGAAAUUUAUUGCAAUUAUUUUGUUAAUGAGUGUAAUUGCUGUGACUUAUAUUUUCUUUCUGAGCGUCGACGAGACCACUGAAAAGCGUACCAAGAAAACCACAGAAGACUACACACAUUUUGUUUCGUUUUGUGAUCGAAAUCGUCCAAACUGGUUGAGUAUGAUCAGCAGUUCGCUGACGACACUUGAUUAUUUUCAAAAAAACUUAGACGAACUUGUGACGGAUGCAGCAGUUGGAACUCGGAUAAUGGAAGCACAGAUAAAUAUUCUGUUCAAAACAAAGCUAAAAUUAGACGUGAAUAUCACACAAGACUUACGGCAGUUGCAGCGCAAAAGCAAACUAAUUGGAGAUACCAUUGUACAGCGUUUUUAUACUUAUACAAGUAUGCAAAACACAUCAGAGAGUCCUGAUAUUCUAGCUCGAAUGAGGAAGAACCUCCAAUGGAUUGUAAGCGCUUCGACCUGGGAAACACCAGACGUUAAACAAUGGAGAACGUUGCUGGAACAUGAUGCAGAUAUUGAUACAGCAGAAGAUGUUGCAAUGGAUACAGAUUUCGGUAAAUAUUCCGAUGGUUGCAUUUUUGGUACAUUUGAACAUUGUGACAUACCUGACUAUUGCAUUGAGUUCCUAUGGCGAGAACCGCAUUCUGGUUACUUGUUAACACAUCAAAUAUUAUUCCACUACAUGAUCGUACAGAAUAAUUGCUUUUCGGGAGGAAAACGAAUUUUCUACGAGUCACAAAAACUAGUCCAUCCGAAAAAGUUUCUUGAGACAAUGUGUCGUCGUGUAUUGACUGAAGCUAAUCUAAUUGUAUCAUUAAAUUAUCCGUAUAGUCAUCAAGACUUGUUUGUCGAACAAAUUUUGGUGUGUUCUUUGGCCGGAUUUAACGACUUCUUGACACGAGAUUGGACAAAUGUCAUUCUCGGCUGGUCGAGCGAUGAUGGACUUUUAGGUUGUUACACCAGCCAAUCGAAGAAGAUAUGGAAGAAAAAUAAUAAACGACGUGUCAAACGAUGGGAUCAUAUCUUGGCAGUUGGGAAUGUUGAAUGUUCUGUGCACAUGGGUGCACUAAUACUUGGAGUUAUCGGUCAACAGUUGAGGUAUUUUCUGGAAAUAUGCCAUGACUCGUAAUUUGUUGUUUUUUUUACAAAAGCAUUGUUAUCAUCUGAUUUUAAUUUACAAAAUAAAUUUUUGGUUAU